AAAAUGACUGAUAUAUAUGUGUGUGUGUUUAUCUAUAUAUAAGGACGAAUUAAUUCAAGAAGGGACAGCAGUAACACGCGAUUAGGAUUUAUAUAAGUGCCCCGUGCGCACAGUGACGAUGUAUCGGAAACAAAUAACCUUCUAUGAGCACGUGAGUAAUCCCCGGGUCACGUGACAAAUAGUUUUAGUCAUGGCCGACGACUACAGGCGACAAGGUUUCGAGUUGGAGAGAAGGAUAUUUGAGUUAGACAUCAAGUGUUCGAGCCUCAGAGCUGAAAAGCAAGAUGAUGACUAUUUACAGAAUGCGUCUGUCAUACUAGACAAGUUGAAAAGCUUUUACAGACAAGGAGGAGAGAGUAGCAACCUUUCCAAGCUGCUUCAGGAUUACACGCAGGUGAUUCUAGACAUCACUUUUUAUGAAGAAAAUAAACUUGUGGACCAGGAGUUCCCUGAGGACUGUUCACCAUUUAAAAUCCAGCAGCUGCUGCAAGACCUGACUGAGCCAGAGGUUUUGGUGUCUAGGCUAGCACCAGCACAAGAGGUACAGUCUGUGCUGGGCUUGGAGCUGUUGGAAUGCCUGUACUGGAGACGUGGAGCUCUACUGUACAUGUACUGUCACACUCUUCAUCAACGAAAACAGUGGAUCAAGAAAAACAAGGACACUUUCCUUAAGUGUAUUCAGGAAGGUGUGCGCUACCUGAUGCGGAUGCUGCAGGUGAGAAACUCUGUGAAGCUCAACGAUGGUGUGGUGCUCCAUGACUCUGCUACAGCAAGCAUCUUAUCUGAAGGCAUCUUCUCAGACACACAUCUGCUGACGAUGAUGUACAUCGGGGAAAUGUGUUUCUGGGCAGUCAAGUACGAAGACUGCAGCGCUGACACUAUGGACCGCAAAGAAGAUCGCCUCCAGUUUCGGGACAUUGGCACACAGAUUCUCAACAAAUACGUGCUUGCCUGUGAGGGUCCUCUGCAGGGCCAAGGCUGGAACACAGAAAAUGCCAAGGAAAUCCUUAGUAUUUUACAGUGAACCAAGCCGCUCCUCCGAAAUUGCCCUGAGGCACAGAUUUAAGUUCAGUAUUAAAAUGUGUCAAUCCCAAAUAAAAGUGGAACCCAUCGGAUGGGAUGUAAUGUUGUGGAAGGUUAAGGGGAGGCACAGGGAGAAGGUGUAAGUGAAGAGAGGAGUCUUUGGAUCAGUGUCUGCAGGCAUCCUAAUCCUAUGCCAAACGGCCCAGGCCAAAGCUACAGGUCAAAGAGAGGUUAGAAAGUAUAAGACAGGCUGUGUAAAAAGGGGGGCUGCACAGGAGCUUGUUGAAUAAUUAUUUGCCCUGUUUGGCGAAGGAAAAAAAUAAGAAAAUUAUCAUCCUGAUUCCAGACUGUUUACUAGGGCACUUGGUUUGCUCGAAGAAUGUGUUAAGAUAACAUUAAUAUAACUAUAAAGAGGUUAUUAAAAAAACAAAACAAUGACAUUUGUUUUUUUCAUUUUUAAAAUUGUUAAAAGUUUAAAGAUAAUCCAGCUGGAAAUAAGACAUUGCACAUUAACAUUUUAUUUAUUGUUUUGUUGCCAUUUUGUUUUGCCUUUAAUAUCUUAUCAUAGCAUCCAUUAUAUAUAGGUGUGUGGUCAUACACACACAAAAAGGCAAAGAGCAGUUUGACAUGAUGUAUUUUCAUGACCAGUCUGAAGUAUGUUCAUAAGUUUGUCCAUACCAGCUUUGUAAUGCCCCACUUGUAUUUCUAUCUAUUGCAAGUUCAAUUUUUCUUCCACUUGAAUAAUAUUGAUGGUUUAACUAUUAUUAGAAAAUCUUUGUUGUUUGGACGAAAAUCUUUUUUUUUAUGUCCUCGCUGACAAUAAACACGUGCUUUGUUUUAAGAAAAACACUAAUUUGCAUUACAAA